AUGGUUGCAGAGAGGGAGGGAGGAGAGGAGGGACCUGAGCCCAUGGACAUUCCUGAUAUACAGGGAGAGGGAGUGGAGAUUAGAGGAGGAGCUUGGGGUGGAGAGGGCCAGAGAAGACAGUCUCCAGUCAUAGGUAGACCAAUUGAACGGGGAGGAAGACGAUCUGAGGGAGAGCCUGCAGACAACACUGAUGAAGGUGGGGGAUCUGAGGGCAAAGGCAAAGAGUUUGUGAGCCAAAUUGAACAGGGCAAAGUCAGAUGUAGUGAGGUUGCAAGGGGAGCGGGAUGUGGUGAGGCAGUCCCUAGAUCCAAGACAAUAGAUGAUGUUGUUUACCAAGACCCUGGAAGCACGAUGGGUGGCAGAACUCAGACAUCUGUAGAGUUAGUGGGUAUGAGGGCAUCUUGGGGACCAGGUUCAGGCAGGUUAUGGGGAGGAGGUGCAAGUAAAUGUGCAGGGGGAGGAGGUGCAGGUGGAGAUAGUGAAAAUGCAAUAUAG